AAGGGCACGUAGAGGUGAAGGGGACGCCAGUGGACCGUUGGCAGCCACACAGGAAGGAAGUAUGAAGGCCCUCGCUCUGUUCCCACUUGUCCUUGCUUUGGCUGGCAGGUCAGCGGCGCAGUGUAGCAACAUAGUCAUCAAGAACCAGUGGCAAGGAAAUUACAUAGGAGAAUUCACAGACAAUGCUCCGGUGGAUGUGAGUGGACUGCAACUGGAGCUGACCUUCCACGCUCCUGUUGACAGCAUUGACUACUACGCAGGCAGUUCUGAGAAAUUGGACGACACCCACUUUUUGCUGACCGACACCAACACCCACGUCUCAGCAGGAGAUCAGAUUUCUUUCCAGUUUCAAGUUCACUUCGCCUUGAUGGCCCCGCUGGUUGUGGCCGAGGUGCUUAACGGGAAGCCUCUGUGUGACGAGCCCUUCACGACCCCUAAACCAAUGGAUGAUGUGUGUAAGGAGACAGGCAGCACUCCUUAUGACUACGGCCAGGUCCUAUGCAUGUCCUUUUUAUUCUACGAAGCUGAAAGAUCUGGCAAACUUCCUUCUAACAUGAGAGUCAACUGGCGGGGGGACUCAGCACUGGAAGACGGGGCGGACGUGGGGCAUGACCUGACUGGAGGAUAUUAUGAUGCGGGAGACCACGUUAAGUUUGGCUUCCCCAUGGCCUACACUGCCACUCUGCUGGGCUGGGGACUAGUGGACUUCUACGAGGGCUACGAGGCUGCAGCGCAAGUCGACUACGGGCUGGCUGCCAUUAAGUGGGCAACGGACUACUUCAUAAAGGCUCACACUGAUACUUACGAGUUCUACGGGCAGGUAGGGUCUGGGGAUCUGGACCACGCGUACUGGGGGCGCCCUGAGGACAUGACCAUGGACAGGCCCUCCCAGAAGAUAGACGCGGACCACGGGGGUUCUGAUUUAGCAGGAGAGACUGCCGCUGCCUUGGCUGCUGCUGCUAUUGCCUUUAAAGACACGGACCCCGCCUACGCCACGGAGAUGCUGGGGCACGCCAAGGAGCUGUAUGACUUUGCUGACACCUACAGGGAGAAGUAUCACGUGUCCAUCCCUGGCGCUGCGGGCUUCUACCAGUCCUGGAGUGGGUACGGGGACGAGCUGUGCUGGGCCGCCCUGUGGUUGGCGCGGGCCACAGGCGAUGCCCAGUACCUGACGAAGGCGCGGCAACACUGGGAUGAGUUUGAUUUCACGAAGGAUGAAGUGAAGCAGUUCUCCUGGGAUGACAAGAGAGCGGGUGUCUAUGCGAUGUUCUACCACCUGACGAAGGACGACCAGUACCUGGACGCCCUCAACACGUACCUCACCUGGCUGAAGGAGGGCGCCACCUACACCCCCGAGGGCCUGGUGUACCUGGACACCUGGGGCGCUAACAGACACGCCGCCAACGCGGCCUUCCUCGCUCUCUGGGCCGCCAAGAGUGGGGUAGACGCAGACACCAACAGACAGUGGGCCAGGGGACAGAUGGACCAGCUCCUAGGGGCCAACUCUCGUCUGCAAAGGUCCUUCGUGGUGGGUUAUGGAGAGAACCCCCUCAGGCCACACCACAGGGCCAGCUCGUGCCCCUACCCCCCUACGGACUGUUCCAGCGGCCUCAUGAACCCAGGACCCAACCCACACACUCUGUACGGCGCUCUGGUUGGAGGACCCUCACAGAACGGGGACUACGAAGACAAGCGCGAUGAUUUCAUUCACAACGAGGUGGCGUGUGACUACAACGCCGCCUUCACCGGAGCCCUUGCCGCCAUGGUUGAAAUCAGCUGACCUGCCUGACCUCACCUGGCUUCACCUCGCCUCACCUGACCCUCACCUACAGUUUACCAAAAUAUAAAAUUGUUCAAGUUUUUUUUUUUAUUUUGUUUUGUCAUGGUGAUCAGCUGACCUGGCUUCACCUCACCUGACCUCACCUGACCUCACCUGACCGAACUCCAUGAUUGUUUUCAGCUUGUCAAAAAAUAAAUCUGGUCUUUU